AUGUCCCGCUCCGAGGAAGCAGAGUGGUGGGCCAACGCCGUGUAUAGUGCCAUCCAGGAGAUCCCCCCGGCCGAGUCACGACAUACGGCCACAUUGCGCGUCUGCUGGGUGAACAGAGCCCGCCAGGUCGGCGUUGUUUUGAAAUCUCUCCCAUCCCCGGACUCGGGGAGUCACUUCACCUCAGAGAAUGUGCCGUGGCAGCGGGUGAUUAAUGCCCGAGGCAUGAUUUCGCACCGCGGACCUGGUAGCGCUCAGCGCCACGCAGACGUGCUCCAGCAGGAAAAUGUCGAGGCCACCGCGGACAGUAUGGGCGAGUGGUACGUGGAUUUCUCGCGGUACGGCUGGUUUCCUUCUUCGCUGCCGAGUGAGAACGUGCCUGGCGACAACCCUUGA